GCGCAGCCGCCGGUUCCGGGACAGCCGCGGCCAUGCUGCAGAGCCUGGGCCUGGUGGGCACCAUCGCGGAGGGGGACGAGGUGCCCGAGGAGCCUGAAUCUGGGGACUCCGAGGAUGAGGAGGAGAUGUGCCGGGCGCCGGGCCCCAGACGGCGGGGCCCCACGAGCGGAGACUUCAGCGCUGCCUUCGUCUUCGGCGAGGCAGAGGCCGGCGGGGAAGGCGCCUGGGCGGCGGCACUGCGCCAGCUCCGCGGCAAGAAGUCAGCCACGACGCUGGAUGAGAAGAUUGAGAAAGUGAGACAGAAAAGAAAGUGCCAGGAGAGAGAAGCUAAAGAAGCAAAAGUGGGAGAGGAGGAUGCAGAGACUGAAGAUAAGCAAACCAAAAAGGAGAGUGAGGAUUUUGGUGGGGAUGAAGACGAAGAUGUGGAGUCUCAAUAUUCAUUGGAUGAUGAAACCAUCUUCACAAAAGCAGAUACAGUCAAAGUGAAGAAAAGGAGGAGAUCAAAGAAGGGAGAAAUGGAAGCAGGGAGCUUUUCUGAAGAUGCAUCUCAGUAUGAUGAGAACUUGUCAUUCCAGGACAUGAAUCUCUCACGACCUUUGCUCAAGGCAAUCACAGCUCUUGGCUUCAAGCAGCCAACCCCAAUUCAGAAGGCUUGCAUCCCUGUGGGUCUUCUGGGGAAGGAUAUUUGUGCCUGUGCUGCCACUGGGACAGGUAAAACAGCUGCCUUCAUCCUGCCUGUGCUCGAGCGCCUGAUUUACAAACCCCGCCAGGCUCCCAUCACUCGGGUGCUGGUCCUGGUGCCAACGCGAGAGCUGGGCAUCCAGGUGCACGCCGUCACCAAGCAGCUGGCACAGUUCAGCAGUGUCACCACUUGCCUUGCUGUAGGUGGCCUGGAUGUGAAGACACAGGAAGCAGCGCUGCGCUCUGGGCCAGACAUUCUUAUUGCCACUCCUGGGAGGCUGAUUGAUCACCUCCACAAUUGCCCUUCCUUCCACCUGAGCAGUGUGGAGGUGCUGAUUUUGGAUGAGGCAGACAGGAUGCUGGAUGAAUACUUUGAGGAACAGAUGAAGGAAAUAAUCAGGUUGUGUUCCAAUCACCGUCAGACCAUGCUCUUCUCUGCCACAAUGACAGAGGAGGUGAAAGACCUGGCUUCUGUUUCUCUGAAGAGCCCCGUGAGGAUUUUUGUGAACAGCAACACGGACGUGGCCCCGUUCCUGCGGCAGGAAUUCAUCCGCAUCCGGCCCAGCAGGGAGGGGGACCGCGAGGCCAUCGUAGCAGCGCUGCUGACACGAACCUUCCCGGAUCACGUCAUGCUCUUCACCCAGACCAAGAAGCAAGCUCACCGCAUGCACAUCCUGCUUGGGCUGAUGGGUCUGCGCGUGGGGGAGCUCCAUGGCAACCUCUCCCAGACCCAGCGGCUGGAGGCACUCAGGCGGUUUAAGGACGAGCAGAUCGAUAUUCUGGUAGCUACAGAUGUGGCUGCUCGUGGGCUUGACAUUGAAGGUGUCAAAACUGUCAUCAAUUUUACCAUGCCCAACACCACCAAGCACUACGUUCACAGAGUGGGUAGGACAGCAAGAGCAGGCAGGGCUGGCCGCUCGGUCUCUCUGGUAGGCGAGGAAGAGCGCAAGAUGCUGAAGGAUAUUGUGAAGACUGCCAAGACCCCAGUGAAAGCCAGAAUCCUCCCCCAAGAUGUCAUACUCAAAUUUCGGGAGAAGAUUGAGAAUCUGGAGAAAGAUAUCUAUGCAGUUCUGUGCUUGGAGCGUGAGGAACGUGAGAUGCAGCAGUCAGAGGCACAGAUCAACAGGGCAAAGAAACAGCUGGAGACGGGCAAAAAGACUGAGGGUGAGGGUUUGGAGCGGAGCUGGUUCCAGACCCGUGAAGAGAGGAAGAAAGAGAAGUUGGCUAAAGCCCUGCAGGAGUUUGACCUAGCAUUACGAGGCAAAAAGAAAAGGAAGAAAUUCAUGCAGGACCAACAGAAGAAAGGCCAAAUGACACCAGAGGAGAGGUCACAGUUUGAGAUCUUGAAAUCUCAAAUGUACGCGGAGCGGCUGGCAAAAAGGAACCGCCGAGCAAAGCGAGCCAGAGCCUUGCCUGAGGAGGAGCCAGCACCAGUGGCAACAGGUCCCAAGAAGAAGAAAAAGGUGUCAGUGUUUGAUGAGGAGCUCACCAACACGAGCAGGAAGGCUCUGAAGCAGUACCGUGCUGGCCCAUCAUUUGAAGACCGAAAACGCCUGGGUAUGGCCCAGCGUAGGAAAGGAGGAAAAUUCAAGUCCAAGUCCAGGUACAAGAGAAAGUAAGAAGUGUUGGCAGUUACCAAAUGACCACUUUCAGACACACUCUCUCCAAGGCCUCCAUUUCUUUGUGCUGCAAGGAGGCAACUUCAUCAAAUUGGAAGAGUUUUUCUUCAAGGGUCUGGAAUAACUUUGGGCUGUUCAUUAAUACCUGGUUGAAGGCUGUGUGGAAGCAUCUUCCACAACCCAUGCAAUAAAAGAUUGAUCCA